AUGACUCGCAGUUUGUAUCGUGAGCAUAUUAUACAGCAGGAGAGCAUAAAUAUUUUGAUAAUAGACAAGGUAUAUGGGGAAACCAUCACAUCGUUCCGCCAUUCCUCGACCCACUCCGUUGCUAGGCACGUGGGUUUUGCAGCUCGGGGCACACUGGCGGCGCGCCGGCGCCGGUUCGGCAGCAGACGCGCUGCCUCGCGUCGGCCCGCCUGCCGGUGUCGCGCGGCGCUGAUGGACGAGUGGGGAGCGCCCGGCAUCCAUCAGGCGCGCCUUUUUACGGCCUCCAUCCUCCGGCUGCCGCCCGCACCUCGUGCCGAACGGCCGCCGCGCGUAAUUGAUUACCCCUCUUCCUCGGCACUGCAGGCACGCCCAGCCCGCAGUCGGCGCCGCCGGCUGGCCGGUGGUUCGCGCGCCUCCCCCACUCCUCUGCCGCAGGAGACGGUGGACACGGGCGACGACGGCGACGGCGGCUCCAGCCCGACGGGCAACGCGACGCCGACGCGCCGGCGGCGGCGGCGGCGCGGCCCGCAGCGGCUGCCGCGCUCCGUCGUCAACCCGGACGAGAACUUCUACUUCUACUGGCUGAUGCUGCUCACCGUCUGCGUGCUCUACAACCUGUGGACGCUCAUAGUGCGCCAGAGCUUCCCCGAGCUGCAGCAGCGCGCGCCCGCCUUCUGGCUCUCCUGCGACUCCAUUAGCGACGCCGUCUUCCUGCUCGACGUCGCCGUCCAGUUCCGCACAGGUUACCUGGAGCAGGGCCUGAUGGUAUACGACUCCAAGAAGCUGGCGGGCCACUACCUGCGUUCGAGGGCCUUCCUGCUCGACCUGAGCGCGUUGCUCCCGCUAGACCUGCUCCAGAUCAACCUGGGCACCAACCCCAUCCUCAGGUUCCCAAGGUUUCUCAAGGUGUACCGCGUCUACGACUACUACUACAUGGUGGAGUCGCGCACCGUCUACCCCAACCUGUGGCGCGUCGUCAACCUCAUCCACAUCCUCAUGAUCCUGGCGCACUGGUUCGGCUGCUUCUACUACUUGCUGAGUGAGGCCGAGGAGUUCCAGGGCGACUGGGUGUACCCGUACCGGCCGGGAGAGUACGCGACGCUGACGCGCAAGUACCUGGGCUCGCUGUACUGGUCGACGCUGACCCUCACCACCAUCGGCGACCUGCCCACGCCGGAGAGCAACCUGGAAAAGACCGAUGGAUCGCCGAACGGCCCCAAACACCUGCCCAGGCGCGGUCUCAAAUCCCGAAUACUCCAGUUCAAAUCCAACCGCGGAUACAUCUUCACCAUCGUCAGCUAUCUCAUCGGCGUCUUCAUAUUUGCCACCAUAGUGGGCCAGGUGGGCAACGUGAUAACCAACCGGAACGCAAACCGGUUGGAGUUCGAGCGGCUUCUGGAUGGCGCCAAGACGUACAUGCGCCACCACAAGGUGCCGGGCGGCAUGAAGCGGCGGGUGCUGCGCUGGUACGACUACAGCUGGUCCAGGGGGCGAAUUCAGGGCGGCGGCGACAUCAACACGGCCCUGGGUCUGCUGCCGGACAAGCUGAAGACCGAGCUGGCGCUGCACGUCAACCUCAGCGUCCUCAAGAAGGUGACCAUCUUCCAAGAGUGCCAACCUGAGUUCCUGCAUGACCUCGUGCUGAAGAUGAAGGCGUACAUCUUCACACCGGGUGACAUCAUCUGCCGCAAAGGCGAGGUCGCCAGGGAGAUGUUUAUUAUCGCGGACGGCAUCCUCGAGGUCAUCAGCGAGACCGGGAGGGUGCUAACCACGAUGAAAGCGGGGGACUUCUUCGGUGAGAUUGGGAUCCUGAACCUCGACGGUCUCAACAAGCGGACGGCGGACGUGCGCUCGGUGGGCUACUCGGAGUUGUUCAGCCUGUCGCGGGAGGACGUGCUGGCCGCCAUGAAGGACUACCCGGAGGCGCAGGAGAUCCUGCAGAACCUCGGCAGGAAGAGGUUGAUGGAGGCGCGCAACAUGAACAAGCCCAAGACUGCGGCUGGCCACGGCAGCGGCCACGGCCGGCACGGCGAGCACGGCGGCGGCGAGGCGGGCGACGACAGCGCCGGCAAGCGCAUCGUGGACCGCCUGCGCUCCGACGUCAAGGGGCUCAAGAACGCGCUGCGCAAGAGCCGCAGGGGCCACAGGACGAACGACGAGUCGCUGGAGCUGCAGCCGCUGAACCCGGACGGGGGGCCGGCGCCCAGCGAGCGCCACGGCUCCGGCAAGGGCGUGCUGCGCCGCAUGUCGCGCGUCCGCAGCGACGAGGCCGACGACAUCGGCCGGCCGGCUGCCGACAACCACCCGCAGGCAACGCCGGCCACGCUGGGCGCGGGCCUGCCGCUGCUGCAGCGACUGCGCAUGCUCAAGGAGAAGCAGGAGCGCGAGGAGCGCAAGCUGCUGCCCGCGUCGCCGCCGUCGCCGCCGCCGGCGCCCGCCCCCGGCGAGCGGGACCGGCCGGCCACCCCCGAGCGCGAGCACGAGGUGCUGGGCGCCGGCCUACCGCUGCUGCAGCGCCUCAAGCUGCUCAAGCAGAAGGAG